AUGGUCCAAGCACCAGCUACGGACUUUUCUGCGUUCGUUCUCGACAUUUUGUCACAUACUACGCACCCCAUAGACCAGAAAGUCUUGUGCCACUGUUUACAGCUGGCCUCCUCAUUCCUCGUCACAGAUCUCACCAUGGACCCACAGCACGGCCUAUCCACCUGGUCGUUAGGAUUGUCGCGCAUUGUUGACGUUGUUCUCGCUCUCCAUGCGAGAGAUGAGUUGGAAGUGUCCACCCUCAGCGCAGCGUCCAUGGCUUGUUCAGAGUGUUGGACAACAGCUGGAUCUUUCAAGGGCAUGCAAGACUCCAGAGCAAAGGUCAGAGAAAUCGGUAAUAAACUCAAGAAACUUUUGGAUACAAACAGAAGAACCUACAAAGUAUACGCGCCAUGA